AUGGAGCGCUGCUAUGUGGAGCGCUGCUAUGUGGAACCCUGCUAUGUGGAGCGCUGCUAUGUGGAAUCCUGCUAUGUGGAACCCUGCUGUGUGGAACCCUGCUGUGUGGAACCCUGCUAUGUGGAGCGCUGCUAUGUGGAGCUCUGCUAUGUAGAACCCUGCUAUGUAGAACCCUGCUAUGUGGAACCAUGCUAUGUGGAACCCUGCUAUGUGGAACCCUGCCAUGUAGAACCCUGCCAUGUAGAACCCUGCUAUGUGGAACACUGCUAUGUGGAACACUGCUAUGUGGAUCCGUGCUAUGUGAAACCCUGCUAUGUGAAACCCUGCUAUGUGGAACCCUGCUAUGUGGAACCCUGCUAUGUGGAACGCUGCUGUGUGGAGUGCUGCUAUGUGGAGCGCUGCUAUGUGGAGCGCUGCUAUGUGAAACCCUGCUAUGUGGAACCCUGCUAUAUGGAACCCUGCUGUGUGGAGUGCUGCUAUGUGGAGCCCUGCUAUGUAGAACGCUGCUAUGUGGAACCCUGCUAUGUGGAGCCCUGCUAUGUGGAACCCUGCUAUAUGGAACCCUGCUAUAUGGAACGCUGCUUUGUGGAACCCUUCUAUGUGGAGCCCUGCUAUAUGGAACACUGCUAUGUGGAAUGCUGCUUUGUGGAAUCCUUCUAUUUGGAACCCUACUAUGUGGAGCACUGCUGUGUGGAACCCUGCUAUGUGGAACCCUGCUAUGUGAACCCUACUAUGUGGAGCCCUACUAUGAUGAACGCUGCUAUGUGGAACCCUGCUAUGUGGAGCGCUGAUAUGUGGAACCCUGCUAUGUGGAGCGCUGCUAUAUGGAACCCUGCUAUGUGGCACACUGCUAUGUGGACAUGUGCAGUGGGAUAG